AUGGCAGUAGAGCCAGCGUUCUUUGAUCUUCUUAAUGUGAAUGAUCCUUACUGUCCAUCUUUCUUAUACCAAAAUGAAUCAGAAGAUGAGAUUUUGCUAGCUUUGUUAGAUGCUGAGUUUGCUGAAGAAUUGCAGUUCCAAGAGGCUUUAAAGGCUUCUUUGAUCAGUUGUCAGAUGCCAAGCAAUGUGUCGUCUUCAACUCCAUCCAAGACCAAUAUGGAAGCCAUUUCAGGACACAAGAUCGAACCGUCACCGCAAGUGCUUGAAAAGGGUGAAUCAUCUCUAAGUUCCUCUGACAUUUGCCUGGAAAGGAAAGAAUAUGAUCAGAUCAUAAAAACCGAGAGCUCUCGUCAGAUACUUUGCUUAGGCUGCAGCAAAACUAUCGAACAGUCGAAAAAACAACCGUGCAGCAAAGACUACUUGAGUAUGGACAUGAGUUCUAGAAAUGACACUGGCAAGUCUCUCACUGCUGAUACCAGUGGCAGUAAUGAUAAUCCAACACCCAAGACUGAAAAACGACCAGUCAGUCAUGGUGCAGAAAGGAUUAUUAGUCUCAAUUCAGCACAAGAUGGCUAUAGGAAAAUGGCUGAAAUCAUUGCUGCAAAACAGGAGACUACUCCACAGAGUCCCAAUACUAACGCCCAGGAAGAUAAAGGUGUGGAUCAGAAUUCAGACAUUCCACUUAAUGUUAAUUUUGAAUCGCCGGUUGGCAGAGUAAACGGAGGCCCACGACCAACCUCCAGAUAUUUCAGGAACAUUGCUGCACAAGCUGUAGAAUGCCUACCUGUGGGACAAAUAAGGAAUGGGCGAGGAGGUGUUGAUUCUAGUUCUACUCCGAGAAAGGAUUCGGAAGCUGGCCAAGAAAGAGUUGCAAAUGAUAUUCAGAAUAAUGUUACUGCUGCUCUUGAUGAUCAUGAUGACUCUGACGUUUUGGAUGACAACAAGAAGAGCAGAUUGUUCAAGGAAUUGGCACCUGAGGAUGUCAAUGAACCUACGGUGCAGUUAUACUGUCCUGUAUGCCAAGCUGUUUCUGGUGCCGCCAAAUGUUACCAAGGCCUGCAGGCCUUGAUAUCACAUGCCAAAACCACAGGAGGAAAAGGGGCCAAAUUCCACGUGGAAUUCGCACAGCUGUUGGAAGAGACGUUUAGAAGUAAGGGAGCUUCUGACAGUCCUGCUGGUGAAGUGUUGAGUGAAUGGAAAGGUCUAAAAGAUGAGAAGAAAGAUCAUGAGAUCGUUUGGCCUCCAAUGGUUGUUGUCUGGAAUACAAAAAGCCUUAAAAAAGAUGAGAACAAUAAGUGGGUUGGCAUGACAAAUCAAGAACUGCUUGACAUGUUCAGCUCAUAUGAUGCUAUUGAGAUGGCUCAACAAGCAUACAAUUUGGAUGGACAUUGCGGGAUGAGUAUUUUGAUUUUUGAGAGCUCAGCAAGAGGCUAUUUAGAGGCAGAGCGCCUCGAUAAAUAUUUUGCAGAUCAAGGAACUGGUAGAAAGGUUUGGAAUAAAAGUCCAGUCUACCUCCUACCAAGCGGGGAGCACCAACUUUACGGUUACAUUGCAGAGAAAGAAGAUGUGGAUCACUUCAACAAGUAUUCAAGAGGUCAGCUGAAAUAUGAAAUCAGAUCAUACCAAGCGAUGGUUGUGAACAGAAUCAGGCAAAUGAGCGAGGACAAUCACCAGCUUAUAUGGCUGAACAACAGGGUAGCUGAACGAGAAAGGCAAGCAAAACUUCUUGAAGAAUCAAAUGGCGUCAUGCGGAAGAGGCUGCAAAAGGCAAUGAAUGAAAUUGAUGUUUUGAGAGAGCAAAUCAAAUUGCAGCAUGAACAGAACAUGGAAGAGAUGGAUUUUCAAGAACAAUUUUUCAAGGACCAAAUGAAGAUUAUUCUUGAAGACAGAGAUAAAAAGGAAGUGGAUCUUGAGAGCCCAAAGGAGGAGGAGGAGCAUGAAAAUGCUCAUGAAUCCAAUGGAAGUCCUUCAAAUAAACUGGAUGACAUAUACAGAGUUAGGAAGUACGUAGCUGAGACAGGCAAGCUAGUAGAAGAACAAGGAGGACAAGACGAACGCAAGAAAGAGGAAGAGGUCAAUCUAGAGAGUUUCUUUGAACCAGAACGCAAGAACAAUGAUUAUGAUCCUGUGACUGAUCAGGAGCUUACCUUACCUGCUGAAAGACAAAGGCUUCAAGCAUUCAUGAGAUUGGACAAGUGUAUCAAGAUUUUUAAUCAGGGUUAA